AUGGCCGACGCAAUCGCACACCUCCAGGCUGGCCGCACCAGAAUUGAGUGGCUCUCGCAGCUCAACACUGAGUAUGCCCCCAAGCGCCAGUUCCGCCGCAGUUCCAUCAUCUGCACCAUUGAACUGCAGCAAANNGCCGGUCUCAACGUUGUUCGCAUGAACUUCUCGCACGGCUCGUACGAGUACCACCAGUCUGUCAUUGACAACGCCCGUGAGGCCGAGAGAACCCAGAAGGGCCGUCCCGUUGCCAUCGCUCUUGACACCAAGGGUCCUGAGAUCAGAACCGGCAACACCGUCGGCGACCAGGACUACCCCAUCAGCGCCGGUACCGAGAUCAACAUCACCACCGACGACAAGUACGCCACUGCUUCCGACGACAAGAACAUGUACCUCGACUACAAGAACAUCACCAAGGUGAUCGAGAAGGGCCGUAUCAUCUACGUCGAUGACGGUGUCCUCGCUUUCGAGGUUCUCGAGGUUGUUGAUGAGAAGAACAUCCGCGCCAAGGCCGUCAACAACGGUAAGAUCUCUUCCAAGAAGGGUGUCAACCUUCCCAAGACCGACGUCGACCUUCCCGCUCUCUCCGAGAAGGACAAGGCCGAUCUCCGUUUCGGUGUCAAGAACGGCGUCGACAUGGUCUUCGCUUCCUUCAUCCGCUCCGGUGACGAUGUCAAGGCCAUUCGUGAGGUUCUUGGCGAGGAUGGCAAGGACAUCCAGAUCAUCUCCAAGGUCGAGAACCAGCAGGGUGUCAACAACUUCGACGACAUUCUCCGUGAGACCGAUGGUGUCAUGGUUGCCCGUGGUGACUUGGGUAUCGAGAUCNCCCCUGCCCAGGUCUUCAUCGCUCAGAAGAUGAUGAUCACCAAGUGCAACAUUGCCGGCAAGCCCGUCAUUUGCGCCACCCAGAUGCUCGAGUCCAUGACCUACAACCCCCGCCCCACUCGCGCUGAGGUUUCCGAUGUCGGUAACGCCAUCCUCGACGGUGCCGACUGUGUCAUGCUUUCCGGCGAGACUGCCAAGGGUAACUACCCCAAGGAGUCCGUCUCGAUCAUGCACGAGACCUGCCUGCUCGCUGAGGUCGCCAUCCCCUACGUCAACGCCUUCGACGAGCUCCGCAGACUUGCUCCCAUCCCCGUCCCUACCACCGAGUCCUGCGCCAUGGCCGCUGUCUCUGCCUCGCUUGAGCAGAACGCUGGUGCCAUCCUCGUCCUCUCCACCAGUGGUAAAACCGCCCGCCUCAUCUCCAAGUACAGACCCGUCUGCCCCAUCAUCAUGGUCUCGCGUAACUCGCGCGCCACCCGCUACUCGCACCUUUACCGCGGUGUCUGGCCCUUCCACUACCCCGAGCAGAAGCCCGACUUCAAGCAGGUCUCAUGGCAAGAGGACGUUGACAAGCGUCUCAGAUGGGGUAUCAAGCACGCCAUCGAGCUCGGUAUCCUCACCAAGGGCGACCCCGUUGUCACCGUCCAGGGCUGGAGAGGCGGCAUGGGUCACACCAACACCCUCCGCAUCGUUCCCGCCGAGCCCGAGGACCUUGGCCUUGACCUCGAGGCUUAG